CAAGCCAAUCAACAAGAAGCCUAUCCAUGGCGACAAAAAUGAGUUCAUUCCUUCUAUGCUUCUCCUUCGCUUUACUAUUCUCGCCAGCCCUGUCUAACAUACUCAACACUGGCAUCAACUCUUGGUGCAGCAAAACCCCCUACCCUGAAACCUGCAAAUACACCUUGACCCACGCCCAAAAAUACUCUGUCCCGACACGCAUGUCCGAUUUCAAGAAACUUGCGGUGCAAGCCACAAUGCAGCAGGCACUCAAAGCCCAAAGCCACAACAAGUGGCUAGGCCCCAAGUGCAGAAACAAGAUUGAAAAGGCUGCAUGGGCCGAUUGCUUGAGCCUCUACCAAGACACCAUCAUGCUCCUCAACCAGACCAUAGACCCUGCCACCAAAUGCACCGACUAUGACGCACAGACUUGGCUCAGCACUGCUCUCACCAACCUCGACACGUGCAGGGCGGGGUUUGUGGAGCUCGGGGUCUCGGACUUUGUGCUGCCUCUUAUGUCCAACAAUGUGUCCAAGCUCAUAAGUAACACUUUGUCCAUUGGCAAUGGCUCAAAUGUUCCGGCUGUGACAAAUAGGUACAAGGAGGGUUUCCCUACUUGGGUUUCUCCCGGAGACAGGAAACUGCUCCAGUCGUCGCCGGCCGCGGACGUAGUUGUUGCCCAAGAUGGGUCAGGGAACUACAAGACGAUCAAAGAGGGGUUGGCUGCGGCGGAGAAGAGGAGUGGGAGCAACAGGUUUGUGAUACAUGUGAAGCGUGGGGUUUAUAAGGAGAACCUUGAGAUUAAAUUGAAGAACAUUAUGCUGCUUGGUGAUGGUCUGAGGUACACUAUCAUCACCGGUAGCCGUAGUGUUGUAGGAGGUUCUACAACUUUCAACUCUGCAACUGUUGCGGUAACUGGAGAUGGCUUCAUUGCUCGUGGCAUCACAUUCCGCAAUACAGCUGGUCCAGAGAACCAUCAAGCCGUAGCCCUCCGAUCAGGAGCCGACCUCUCAGUUUUCUACCGUUGUGGCUUCGAAGGCUACCAAGACACCCUCUACGUCCACUCUCAACGACAAUUCUACAAAGAGUGCUACGUGUACGGCACCGUCGACUUCAUUUUUGGCAACGCUGCUGUCGUCCUCCAAAACUGCAUGAUCUACGCAAGAAGGCCCAUGAACGGUCAAAAGAACACAAUCACGGCACAAGGCAGGACCGACCCGAAUCAAAACACGGGCAUUUCAAUCCACGACUCCCGUGUCAUGGCCGGGUCAGACCUCAAACCGGUCCUCAGUUCGGUCAAGACAUACUUGGGUAGACCGUGGAAGGAGUAUUCACGCACGGUUUUUUUGCAAAGUUACCUGGACACUUUGGUUGACCCAGCUGGGUGGCUUGAGUGGGAUGGCAAUUUUGCCCUCAAGACUUUGUACUAUGGAGAGUACAAGAACACUGGACCGGGUUCAUCUACGAGCGGCCGGGUUAAUUGGGGUGGCUAUCAUGUGAUAACUAGUUCGUCAGAGGCAUCGAAAUUUACUGUGGGUAAUUUCAUAGCUGGAAGCUCAUGGUUGCCUGCUACAAACGUGCCAUUUACUGCUGGGCUCUGAUCAUUUUAACAUAUUGCAUUCUGCCAUUGUUGUACAAUCAUGUAUCAACUUGUUUGAAAACAAUUGUUAAAUUUGUUCUUUCAUUAUUGUAUUGAAAAUUCUUUUACAUGGAAAUAAAG